AAAGAUGAAAAGGAAGUGUCUGUAGUGUACAUUGCAAUAUUGCAAUCCUCCAAAAUACAUAUUAAAGCAAAACCCACUAAUAUCCCUUUCAUAUUAAGGAGGUGUCUAUAGUGUACAUUGCUCUUUUUAAUCUCGUCGCCUUCUUCGUCAUUAAGUUUAGCAUCCUCUUCAUCUAUACAUUUCCUUGUUCAUGAAAUUUUAGUUCAUUCAAAUACCAAGCAAUAGGAACCAAGGAGAUAGAUCGAGCAAGCGAGCGAGCGAGAGAGGUAUUCAUUCGUUUGUUCAUACAUCAACCUAAAGAAAUCUAGAAUGGGUACAGAUUGGGGACCAAUCGUUAUAGCAGUGGUGCUAUUCAUUCUGCUAUCACCGGGAUUAAUCUUCCAGUUGCCGGCUAGGCAUAAAUUUGUGGAGUUCGGGAAUAUGUACACAAGUGGGCUUGCUGUUCUUGUUCAUGCCAUACUAUUCUUUUGCAUACUCACGGUAUUGGUGGUUGCCGUUGGCAUACAUAUUCACGUAUAGUAAAACUGAAUCAUGCAAUUGAAUGUCCUGAGUUCAUAUCAACAACAAUUUGUAGUCUUUACUUUGUUCUUUUAAUGUUAAGAGGCUCAAAGCCCCAAGGAAGUUAUGUUUAUAUAUCUUUUAUUGAGAAUCAACCACUACUCAUGUUA